AUGGCGUAUAGGAGAAGGCAGGGGAUCGCAAAGUUUGCGACUUUCCAGGACGAGAUUGACCACCUUCCGCCGGAAAGCAUCACCGACACCGCCGUCAAGGAUAUAUCUCCGCCGACUCGAUCCUUCACAACCCCUGCUUUUGACCAACCCAGAUCUAAGGGUUUUACGGCAUACGAGACCGAGCCAAGGGGCUUGUGGGGGGUCAUAGCCCAGAAAGCAAAAUCUGUCAUUGAAGAUGACAAAUCAACUGAUAGCUCAACAGCUUCUCAGUCCCGGUUUUCAUACCUGUCAGAUGAAGGGUUCACGAAAAUGGAUAAUCCGAAGCUUCGGAGAGGGUUGGAUAAGCUUACGUCUUCCCUAAACCAGAUUGGUGACUCUUUUGAGAAAGCCUUUGAGGAAGGCCGGACGCUCGUGGAGAAUAAAACAGCUGAUAUCAUCCACGAAACACGAAAACUUCAUGCUAGACGAAGAGGCACUGGUGGUAAAGAAGAGAAUCAGAAUCAAUCUUAUGGAGUAAGUAGCUCAUGGAAAAAGUCCCCAGAGCAGCCACUGCAGCUAAAUCAUAUGGAACAUGAGACUCAACUCAAGGCAUCUCGCGAUAUUCGUCUCCAGCUAGAGAGCUUACUAGCAGAGAAAGCACGGUUGGCUCAUGAGAACUCAGUGUACGCAAGGGAGAACCGGUUCUUGAGGGAGAUUGUAGAAUACCACCAGCUCACUAUGCAGGACGUUGUGUACAUAGACGAAGGAAGUGAAGAGGUGACACAAGUUUACCCUUUUGUACCCACUUUGAUGACUUCUUCAUCACCUACGCAGUCUCCGAGCGAAGAGAUAAUAAAAGAGAUUCUUCAAUAG